CCGCGCCCCGGGGCAUGCUCCUUCGGCCUCAACUUCAAAUUCGCAUUUGCGUGCAAGCUGGCACUGAGAUGAUGCUUUCGCGGCAGUUGGGACGGCGGCUCGUGCCGCGACAUAUGAUGCUGUGGCGCGGCCUUGCUACGCCCAGCAACAAUGCAUGGGUGAACCCUGAGAACGUCCCGAAGGGGGAACACUUGAAGAAAUACGGACGCGACUUGACCCAGGCCGCGCAAGACGGCAAGUUGGAUCCGGUGAUUGGGCGCGAAGACGAGAUUCGUCGCGCGGUGCAAGUGUUGUCGCGGCGAACGAAGAACAACCCGGUGCUCAUUGGAGACCCUGGCGUCGGCAAGACGGCGAUCGCGGAGGGUCUAGCUCAGCGCAUCGCAUCCGGCGAAGUACCCGAGAGCAUGAAGAAGAAGCAUGUGGUAGCGCUUGACUUGGCGGCGUUGGUCGCGGGGGCGAAAUUUCGAGGCGAAUUCGAAGAGCGUCUGAAGGGAGUGUUAAAAGACGUUGAGGGGAGCGACGGCGAGGUGAUUUUGUUCAUCGACGAGUUGCACAUGCUUAUGGGAGCGGGCGGCGGCGACGGCAGCAUGGACGCGGCCAACAUGCUCAAGCCGGCAUUGGCGCGAGGGUCAUUGCAUUGCAUGGGCGCCACGACGCUGGACGAAUACCGCAAGUACAUCGAGAAGGACGCGGCACUGGCGCGGCGAUUUCAGUCGGUGCUCGUGACGGAGCCCUCUGUGGAAGCAACGAUCACGAUCCUGCGCGGAUUGAAGGAAAAGUACGAGGUGCAUCAUGGCGUGCGCAUUGCCGACAGCGCACUCGUGCAGGCCGCGACCCUUGCCCAUCGGUACAUUUCGGACCGCAAGAUGCCCGACAAAGCGAUCGACCUCGUGGACGAGGCGGCGUCGCGACUGCGGCUGGAGCAAGAGAGCAAACCGGAGCCCAUCGAAGCGCUGGAGCGCAAGAUCAUCAUGCGCAAGAUCGAGAUGGAAGCGCUUCGCAAAGAAACCGACGCCGCGUCCGUCAAGCAGCGGCAGAUCGUGCAGCAGGACCUGGCGGCGAUGGAGGCCGAGCUGAAGGCUCUGAUGACCGAAUGGAAUCAAGAGAAGGCGCGCCUCGAGGGCCUCAAAACCGCAAAAAAACGACUGGAAGAGGCGCGCCGCGAGUUGGAAGCCGCGCAGCGCCAUGGCAAUUAUGCCCGCGCAGGCGAAUUGUUGCACAGUGUGAUUCCGCAACUGGAGCGAGAAGUGGAGCACGACGACAGUGUCGCAGACGAAGAGCCCAAGCAUUCGAAGCUCUUGCUGGGGGAUGCUGUGACGUCGGACCACAUUGCGAUGGUGGUGGCGCGGGCGACGGGCAUCCCCGUGUCGAAUCUUCUGUCUGGCGAGAAGAAGCGGCUGCUCAAUAUGGAAAAUCUGCUCGAGACGCGCGUGGUGGGCCAGUUGCCCGCCGUGAAGGCCGUCAGCGACUGCAUUCGACUGGCGCGUGCUGGUUUGCAUGCGCACAACCGCCCCCUCGGAGUAUUUUUGUUCUUGGGACCCACAGGCGUGGGCAAGACCGAACUGACCAAGGCGUUGGGUGAGUUUUUAUUUCAAGAUCCAUCGGCUAUGACGCGCAUCGACAUGUCUGAGUACAUGGAGAAGCACACGGUGUCGAGGUUGAUUGGCGCGCCGCCGGGGUACAUUGGGUACGAAGAAGGUACCCCCCAAUCUCUCGAACAUACCAAGCGUUGCCCUAACUAAAUAAAUCCCCAUUGGUUAUAUAUAUAUAUAAAACCAACAUGUAUAAAUAUAUAUAUAUAUAUAUACAAAACCAACAUGUAUAUAUAUAUACUGUAUAUACAUGUAUAUACAUGUAGAAAAAACGUAUACGAAUGAUGAUUGUCUAUAUUUUGAUAAAACAUAUUAACUGGAAUGGUUCGUACUAGGCGGGACACUGACGGAAGCAAUCCGGCGGCGGCCGUACCAAGUGGUGCUGUUUGACGAGUUUGAAAAGGCGCACCGAGAUGUGUCCAACUUGCUGCUCCAAGUGUUUGACGAAGGGCGGCUGACGGACUCCCAGGGCCGCCUCAUCGAUUUUCGGAAUACAGUCAUCAUCUGCACGAGCAACCUCGGGUCGGACGUGCUCGCGACGUUGCCCGAGGUAAAUAUAUAUUGUAUAUUAUAUCUUGUGGAUAUUCGGUACAAAUUUUCAGACCCCGUCGAAUAUCUCGCCGCUGAAUCGAAUCAUAUGAAUCGACGCUAUUGGCUAAUUGAAUUUUGAGUGCAUUUGAUGUUUGGCAGAAAGGACAAGGAUAUUCAACCAAUCCAAACUCCAGCUUGAUUCAAUAUUGAUUCGACAAACCACGCGAGUUUUGGAGGUUUAUAGCAAAUUCACAAUAUUGUCGUUUUAUUUCCCAAAAUAUAGAUACUAGUGUGCCGACUCUGCAAAUGUACCGACGGUUGAUGCUCUUUUUUUGUAUUGACUUUUGUAUGUAAUAAGUGGAUGAUUGUAUUCACAUGAAUUGAGAGGUCAUAUACAUUGAUGAGAUAGAGAUGGUCAUGAUGGCUUCCUUCAAAAUCUGAUUGGCUAAUUAUACUUGUGCCGAGUCUUGUACUUUAUUGUGUUUACAAUAUCGAUUGGUUGAAUCAACCGCCGAACAAUCGCCGGACCUUCGAAAUUUCAUAUAAAACAAAGUUGAAGAGGUAUCGUAGUGUGAGUGCAAUGCAUCAAUCAAUCUUUUUAGCCAAUCAUAUUGCAACCUUCAUUCUUUGUAGCCAAUCAUACUCGUUUUCUCGAUUAGUAGGCGAUUUCAUCAAUUAUCCCCCAAAAGAGGCAAAUUUGACUGUGAAUAGCACAAUACAUGAUUGUAUAUAUAAACACUCUGUACUAGUAUUAUUAUUUGAAAAGUAGAUAACUAUUUUGCCGUAGGGUGUGCCGAGUGUGGACGCUGAAGACGACGUGAUGGAGAUUGUGCGACACCAUUACCCCCCCGAGUUUCUGAAUCGCAUCGACGAGAUGGUGCUAUUUAACCGGCUCGGGCGCGACCAGAUUCAAGCCAUUGUGGACCUCCAACUGCAUGAUAUUCAAGCGCUUUUGGACGAGAAGGAACUUGCGCUGGAUGUGACCGACGCCGCCAAGUCGUGGCUCGCGGAGGUCGGAUAUAGCCCCAUGUAUGGCGCCCGCCCGCUCAAGCGACUGAUUCACAAGCAGCUGCUCACGCCUCUAUCUCGACAGAUCCUCGUGGGCUCGUUCAAGGCGGGAGAUACGAUCCACGUCGACCAGCCAAAUCCUGCCGCCGACUCGCUCGUGUUUACCAAUGCAUGAUCAACCUUUCCUCCUUUUUUAACGUUAAUGCAAUAGUAUUGCGUGCUUUUCACCAAAUUGGC